UCUUCUCCUCAGAAUUUGAAGUUUUGAAUUUCGUUUCUGUCUUCUUCUCUCUCAUCAAUUCAAUUUCUCACUCACUGCUUGAAUUUCUUCAGCAGAAAUGGGUUGCUGCCUCAGCAAGAAGACUUCUCCAUCAUCUUCUUCCCCGAGUGGGGUAUCCCCAGAUCCCAACAAAUCUGCCAUUGAUAAACCUCUGAGACGAGAGACUGAAGCACAUGAGAAGCUGGAAGUAGAAGAACCAAAACCCAAGAAUGAAGCAGAAAUCCAAGAAAAUGGCAACCCAAGGAAAGAAGUGUUCGUGAUCAAACAUCGAAGGAGCCAUGAGCGAUCCAAGACGACGACAGAUCCGGAUGAUUCAACUGCUUCGGAGGAGAAAUCAACCGGUACGAAUCAGACUCCAGCCGAUGUAGAUGCUAUACUGAUUCAAUGCGGGAGACUAAGCCGUAGCAACUCAGCGGCGGCGAAAACCAGGAGAUAUUCUGGAUCCAAGAGGAGCUUCGAUUUCGACAAGAACGAGCGGAGCAGCCGCGACGGUGACGCGGAUGAAGCUGACGCGGAGGACGGAGAGGAAGAAGAAGCUGAGCGGCGGAUUCAUCGGCAUCGUCAACGUGGCGGAGAUUCGCCUCGGGAACGGAGGAGACGGACUCCGAGCAGAGAGAGGGAGGAUUCCAAGAGCUAUCGAUCGGGGAGUAGGGAGAGAGGAAGUGGUAGCAGACGGGUGAGCAGAUCUCCUGGAAGAAGAUCGGAUACAAACCCUAACCCUAAUUCAUGCGCCGGCAGUGGCAGUUCCGUAAAUUCGAGCAACAAUAGACCUGCCAAGUUCGUAUCGGUUCCCGCAACGGAUAAAGCUUCUUCGUUGGUUAUGGAGAAGAGCAACAAGGAAGAUCCGUCUAUUAAACGGAUUGCUGUCAAGAGAAACGUGGCCUCUCCGAGGUCACAGUCCCCCGCAAGAGCUGCUUCUCCUAGAGCUCAGUCUCCCGCGAGAGCCGCGGUUAACGCAAGUAGCAACGCUCAGCCUUCCCCGUCGAAGCUCAGGAGGAAAACGGAACAUUCUCCCUACAGGAGGAACCCACUGGGAGAGAUUGAUCCCAACUCAUUGGCGUAUCCUCAGCCUCAAGCCAGUUGCAACAAGAAGAUGGUGAACAGAGAGAAUGAAAGUCAAGGAUUGGUUAAAGAAUCUGUGAAUUUCGACGGUCAGAAGAUGAAUGCUAAAGCUGGUACUCAACCUCCAAGCCGUAGAAGCGCAAGCCCGAGCCGUGUCACCAAGGAGGCAGUGGAAGAGUGUAAGAUAGUGGUGUCAGGAACUGAACUCCCUAAGGCUCAAGUUAUGAGCAGGAGCAGAUCAUUGAGGAAGUCACGUGAUUUCGAUUUCAGUCCCGAAGCAUUGCUCUCAAACAACAUCGACAACAAUAACAAUGCACCACCAGCAUCUUACGCAGCUUUGCUUUUAGAAGACAUUCAAAACUUCCAUCAGAAGAGUGUCAAUGUCAAUGCCAUAACCUCAUCUAUGUCCAAAGCCUGCUCCAUCGUUGAAGCAGUUUCAGACCUUAACUCUACUACGAAUAAACACCAAAGAAACGAGCUCAACAAUUUCGCAUCAGCAGCAGUGAAGAAAGCGGAUCUAAUGGAGCCAAGCUUUGAGAAGUACGUGACCGUUAAGAGAGGUGGUUCUUCGUUGGAGGACAUGGAAGAACAAGAGUCUUCCGGAAGCAAUAGUAUCACGGGAAGUAGCUGUGUGGUGCAACGUAAGGGUUACUCAUCGCGGGAGCCCAAUUCAGCUGAAUCGACAGAUCGAAUGAGUGGGAGAUCGAGCAACAAGGAACGUGAUCGGAGUCCAUUUGGUGUGCAAGAGUUUGAUCCGUUAAAGAAGAAUGGUGUUGGAGUUGGAGGCAAAAGAGUGGCAACAACAACUCGUGUUGCUACAGUUUCAGUGUAAUCAUGAAUUUGUUGUUUCUUGAUUUUUAUUGUGUACGUACCUACCGUUCCCUGGUUGCAGAGUAGCAACUCGUGUUUCAUUUCUUUUGCAACCAUUUGGCCAUUUUCAAAUCAAAUUAUUCCUUUUU